AUGGAUUUCUUUCCAAAGUCCGAGCCUGUCAAGGGGUACGUGCUAGCUGCGCUCGUGAGUGCGAUUGCUGUCUGCCUCCUAAUCGUUGUCGCCGACUAUCUAUACGGAUGGAGCAUCCGAAAGCAAUUGGGAGAUAUUCCCAUUGUCGGUGACAAUAGUGACGUCUGCUCUUUGUUGCAAAGGAGGUCAGCCGAGGGCGAUCUUGUCAAAGAGACUACUCAAGCGUACCAACAGUAUACCAAAAAUGGCCUACCAUGGGCUAUAAGACCUCUCAACCGGUUCUACUGGAUAUGCCUCCCACCACAGUCGGCCAGGGAAUGGAGCUAUCUUCCACAAGAUCAUCUCAACUUCAUCAAAUUAGUUGAAAAGGAAAAUAUGCACCACCGCCACUCGAACUUGGCAUCACCGACCGUGGCCAAUGCCCUCCUCAAAUGCAAUAAGAAGCCUUAUCUGGAUGCGUUCUCCUACAUGGUCGGCAGUCAGGUCGACCAGCUCAUACCGUCCGCCUUUCCCGUGAGCCCCGGUGAAAAAGGAUGGCAGGUAAUCAAUGUUUGGGAAAGACUAUACUAUGUCCUCUCGCGGGUGAUGAUUGCGUGCAUUUUGGGACCUGAAUUUGCAUCCGACCAAAAGCUCCUUGAGCUGUAUGUGUCCUACAACUCUUUGAUAACGUCCCAUACAAGCACUUGCGUCAGGUUCCCAAGGCCUUUGCACUCCCUAGUCUCACGGUUUGCUCCGACGAACCGGAAAUUGAGGACAGUCAUGAAAGAGCUAAAGAGCAGACUCAUCCCCGAGAUUCGCUGCCAAGUGUGUCGAUUACGCUCCGAAAAGUCUCAAAACAGGUCAUGUUCGCUACUAGAUGCCGUGAUCGAGGAGUGUAUGGCGGAAAAUACCAUCGGUCGUGAGACGAGGCACUUUGAUGAAGAAAAGCAAAUCAGCCAGAUAGCUGACAAGAUCAUGUUCCUUCACUUUGAAAGCGCUCUUCCGGUCACAAUGGCCGUGACUACAAUAAUAUACCGCAUCAUGGUCAACCCCGAGUGCGUCGCACCUCUCCGUGAGGAGCUACAGGCAGCCCUGCCCACAGGACAAUGCACCACUCCCGACGUGAUGAACCAAUGCCCCAAGUUGGAGAGCUUUAUGCGUGAAAACCAGCGUCUUCACGGCAGUAGUCUAUACUGUUCGAGUCGUCUUGUGAUAAAACCGGUCCACAUCCCUUCCCUUGGCCGCACCUUUCCCGCGGGGUCGAUCCUCACGCUGCCCUGGUACUGGAUGGCACGCGAUCCGGAUUUGUAUCCAAACCCAGAUAGAUUCGAUAGCAACCGCUUUUACGAUGCGUCCUCGGGGGGCUGUACUGCACGUCUUACGACCACAUCCGACAAAUUUCUAGGCUUCGGGUACGGCGCCGUCACUUGUCCAGGUCGCUUCUUGACGAGCAGACUCAUCCAAACCGUCUUCGCCAAAAUCCUCUUGGAUUUCGAUGUCACUUGCAUGCCCAGCAGGCAGGAAUUUCCUUUCAAUACCCUUUCGAGUUCGUUCUCUAUGCCAAAUUCUGAAAUCGAGGCGCGAAUUAGGCCUCGUGCCGGGAAGAUGUAG